AAGAGCUGGCUUGUGCUUUUGUAUCACAGAGCUCCGAAAGAUGGCUUUCUGGGCGAUGGUCCUAUGUGCCGUCCUGGCAUGCAUAUUGGGGGGGCUCUAUCUGGUGGGGGCGUUCCGCCAGAGGAGAGCCAAAGAGCCCCCUUUAGAUAAAGGCCUCAUCCCGUGGCUUGGACAUGCAUUGAGCUACCGAAAGGACGGUGUUGACUUCUUGCAAAGGAUGCAGAAGAAGCAUGGAGAUAUCUUCACGGUCCUGCUUGGAGGAUAUUAUUUCACCUUUGUGAUGGACCCACUCUCCUAUGGAGCUAUUGUGAAGGAAGCAAGAACCAGGCUGGAUUUCAAUGCCUUCGCCACACAACUUGUGGCCCAAGUGUUUGGUUUUAAACCUGAAAUAAGCACUCAUAAGAUAAUAGAGACAGCCAGCGUAAAGCACCUCAAGGGCAAUGGGCUCGUGGUGAUGACCCAGGCCAUGAUGGAAAGCCUGCAUAGAGUAAUGGGCCACAACCUGAGUUCGGCAGGAGGGCAGAAGUCCUGGAAACAGGACGGACUGUUCCACUUCAGCUACAACAUGGUCUUUAGGGCUGGAUAUCUAGCCCUGUUUGGAAAUGCAACCAGCAAAGGUGAAAAGAACAAAGGAGAUGCCGAGAGGCAAGACUUAACUGGCUCUGAAGAUGUGUUUGUAGAGUUUCGCAAAUAUGAUAAACUCUUCCCAGGAUUUGCUUCUUCCACGCUGUCUCAUGGAGAGAGAAAAGAAGCUGAGUCUCUGAAGAGACUCUUCUGGAAAAUCAUGUCUGUGAAGGAUGUCUAUGAGAGGAGUAACAUCAGUGGUUGGAUAAGUGACCAGCAAGAGCAGCUGGCCGAGGCUGGCAUGCCCGAAUACAUGCGGGAUAGAUUUCUGUUUCUGCUCCUGUGGGCAGCUCAAGGUAAUACUGGCCCAGCUUCCUUCUGGCUUCUUGCCUACCUGAUGAAAAACCCCAAGGCAAUGGAUGAGGUGAGGAAAGAAGUGGACAGAGUGGUGGGAGAAUCUGGCCAGGAAGUGAGGGCAGGGGGCGCAGUGCUUAAUGUCACCAAGGAGAUGUUAGACAAGACCCCCAUCUUGGACAGCGCUGUGGAAGAGACUUUGAGACUGGCAGCAGCCCCUAUGCUGGUCAGGGCUGUGGUGGUGGACCUAGAACUCAAGAUGAACGAUGGAAGACAAUAUCUCCUGCGCAAAGGAGACAGAGUUGCCCUUUUCCCCUUUGUGGCAGCACAUAUGGACCCGGAAAUCCACCCAGAUCCCCAUGUUUUCAAAUAUGACAGGUUCCUCAGCCUACACGGCAGGAAAAAGGAAUUCUAUAAGAAUGGGGAAAAGGUGAAAUAUUUCACCAUGCCAUGGGGUGCAGGGACUUCCAUGUGCCCUGGGCGAUACUUUGCUACCAAUGAGGUUAAGCUCUUUGCCUUCCUGAUGCUGACAUACUUUGAUAUGCAGCUGGUUAACACGGAGGAGGAAAUCCCUCCUGUGAUCAAGAACCGCUAUGGGUUUGGUGUGAUGCAGCCCACACACGAUGUUCAGUUCAGGUAUCGACUUCGCCACUGAAGGUAGGAGGCAGGGGCAUCUUCAGGCCAAAGUAAGUUUAACAAGAGAUCAAAUGUAUGUUUCUGGAUGUGGGUAAAAGCUCAUGGGAGAACGUAGCGCUUGCACAGAAUGUUUGGUAGAAGCCAUUAUCGUUUAACAAGUCGUUUUAUCCUACAGUUUUAUUUCCCCAUUGUUAUGGAAUUAAGUGCAGGCUGUGGGCCUCAUAACUUUUUAAAGUGUGGUGGAAUUGAUAGCAUGCAAGCUAAUAGUCUGUGCUAGCAUUUAUCUAUCUAAGGCACCAAUCUCCUUUCAAAGCAGUGGAGUUAAGGGUUAGCAGAACAGCACUAUCAAGUGGCGGUGGGUUGCUCGAUCGUUCUCACACUAAGAUACUUUCAUCUGCAACUUCUUCUUCUGGUUAAGACUUUUAAUCCUUAGGAGGAAAGAUGAGGACCCCAGUUAGAAUCUCAUGUCAGCUAUGCACUCACUGGGUGCCCUUUGGCAAGCCAGGUGUAUCUCAUUGUCUUUGGGCUUGUACACAAUUCCAUUUGUCCCAUGCCUAGAAAGCAUGGGUCUGAAUUGUUUCCCCAUUGUCCCACUUAAUUCCCAGGGAAAACACACUCCUUGGCUUUGAAUCAGAAAGAAAACGUCAAUCUGCAGAAAACCCAAUUGCCGUUUGUUGCAAUUGAGCACUAAAGAGUGGCUUUCCCCAGAGAAAGCAGCAGGACAAGACAAAGUGUGAAUAAGCCCUCUGUCUCUAUCCCCAAUCUGAAGUGAGGUGUGUGUGUGUGUGUGUGUGUGUGUGUGUGUGUGUGUGUGUGUGUAGAACCAGGUACUCUGUUCCCCCCUUGCUUUGUGCACCCUGAACCCACAUUUGCACUUGCCAGCAACAUGGAAUGUCCUAACUUUAGAAUUCAAAAGCUUCACCCGGACACUUUUUCUUACCCAGCAUACAACACACAUCCUGCCUAGUAGGUCCUAAACUGUUCUUCUUCUAAUUCCCAUCUAAUGGUACUAUGCAAUGUCAGCCUUUUCCCUCAGAAAGGCUUGGACUGAAUUGAAUUGCCAUUUGUUCCAGUUCAGCAGUAAAGAGCAGGUUUUUGUGGGGAAAGCAGUGGGGGGGGGGAGAAGAGAGAGAAGCACUCAGGCACAGUGCUUUAGAGUGCAGAACUGAGCCUAGAAACGCGGCACAAAAGGAAAUCUAGAUGAGCCCUAAGAUAGGAAUAUAGAGGGGAUUGCUUUCAUCCCAAGCAGCUCAUUUCCCAGUAGCUUCACUCUGCAGUUGAUGUCAGCAAGCAGAAUGGGCCUACACCAAAUAAGGACACAAGCUGUUCUGUACACUAGCUACCUUUCAUAACAUGUACAGUACUGGACUUUGCCUCAUUAUUUGCAAGGUGCAAGAGUUCAAGGUAUACGUCAACAUUCGUCUUUGCACCUGCAAUCAACUUUAUCUCUUUUAUUUAUUGUAGCGCAAGACAAUGUCCCCUGGGCCAAGCUGUGACUCUAGGUCCAGUAUCAUGAAAGUCACAUAUCUAUUGAUGACAUGAGUACUCUUAGAUAUAAAGGCUUAAGCGUAAUUAAGAAUGCAUGCUUUUAACUGCUUUUAUUUCCCCCACAUCAUCUGCUCUCAACUUAUAUGGAAAAUACCCCCUCUGUGCUGCUCCUAUGUUUUGUAAUUUUGAUUAUUAUUAUUUUGUUUGUCUGUACCUUUGUUUCUACACGAAUGUAAAACCUUUAAAAUUGAAAAGGAAUACUUACGAGAAAUGAAUGGAAUAUGAGGAAACAAUAAAGAUCAAGAUAAAGCAACUGUGUUGGGCAGGUUGAUUAGACAUGUAAUAAAAGGAGCCGUAUCAUGCAGAGUGAUUUGCUAACUGGCUGUUUCAACUGUGUGCAUUAAUUUUCAUCCUAAGAAACCAUUUCAAUCUGUCAUAACAUAGUCAGCACCAACAACUCUGGCAUAAAAUCUUUAUUAAAAUAAUUUAUUUAACAAAACAGCUCAAUAUUCAUAAAUAUCUUUAGUUGUGCUCAAAAUACAUGCAAGUAGGAAAAAAGGUAAGUCACUUCAUUCACAUCAUAUACAUAAGAAAAGACGCUGUUAGUCUGGAUGCUGCUAGUAGAGUAAAAAUACAAACCCUACAUUAAGAUACCUUCCUCCUCAAAUGAUGUUUACCUCCACUGAUCAACUAAAACUUCAAACUGAUUAAAACCACGACAACUUCAGAAAAGGAGCCAGCUCGUAAGCCAAGACCUUUCCUCCCUGUGAACUUUUAGCUCAGCUUGCCUUGCAUGUAGGCUAUUUUACAGAAGAAAACUUCUGACAGCAGAAAUAGUUUUCUUCAAGUUUUCUCAACAUCCAGACUUUCUGCACUAACACUUGUUGGCUUGAUUAAAGCUCCUCUAAAGACAUCAAGGCAAAGUGGCUUGAAGAAAAGGAAAUGGGAUAAACUAUACCUUAGUUCUUAGUUUGUUAUCUCAAGGCCUAGUUCCUUCACCCAAGUCCAUGGAUUUCUGCUAGUACUUAACCAGAAUCAGUCUGGUUCACAACCAGUCACAUUUUUUACAGCCUUGGUAAAGGUAAAGGACCCCUGGACGGUUCGGUUUGGCCUCUUGAAUGUGUGUGCGUGGAAUCAAAAGGUCAGAAAUAAUUCAGCUGCUUUGUUCAGAGAAUAGUCUGACAUAUUCUUCUGGCAUAUUCAAAAAAAAUUCAACAAUAUAAGGGAUAUAGAUUGCCAAUCAAACUGGCUGAAAACAACAGGUUUCCAAGGCGGUGCAUAAAUUUGGUUGUUCCAGAAGAAAUACCACAUCAAGUCCAGCUAGCACAGCAAAAGAGGGAAUAUACUGAUGGCAACUGAGAUCACAAUGGUGCCAAACAAGGAAUAAUUUAGCCAGAUAACAGAAACUUGUGUCUUUGCUUGGAAGUCAUCCUGGAUUGCAAGGCCAGCCCACUACAUGUGCUACAGUAAAAGACCUCAAAUACACUCGCAGAUAAGACUAUGAAAUAUUCUCAUAUAUGGACAAAACUCUUUGCAUGCGAAAAUGAUGCACUUAAGUGGCAUUUUUGACUCUCUAGCUGCUUAUAAUUAAUGGGAUCAUCAAGCAAUGAUUCAUAGCCGAUAGGGUGCUAGAAGUACUUUUGUGGGCACCCCUAGAGAAGUACAAGGUAAUCUGCAUUAACAUAUCUUAUUAUAUUGUACCCACAGCAAGUUAACUCCUGUGUUUUUUUCAGUAAUAGGUUCCAUUAUUCCUGCAGGCUCGCCCACAUUUCUCUCACAUAUCUGGUCACGAUCACCAUGUUUGUUCUGCUAGGGACUAGCUACACCCUUACCAAGUCUGAAGUUAACCACAGAGAACAAGCGAAUGGUUCCUUUGCUGCAGAGCUUUCCAAACUGUGUGUUGCAACAUGUUGUGUCAGCUGCGGUGUAGAGGUGUGUCACAUGAAGACUUCCAACACUCCUCCCUAGGGCUGGAAAGGGGUUAGUUUAACCUCCAGCUUGCUAUUAAAACUGUGUCGCGAUAUGAUGCAUGUCGAAAAAGUGUGUCACCAAUAUGAACUGUUUGGAAAGCUCUGCUUUACUGAAACAGUGUUUCUCUGAAAUAUAGCACAGGUAGCUUGUAACAGAGAGCUAGUAUACAAAGUACUAUAAAGGCCAUAAAGACGGACAACCCAAUCAGCUGAAAGCAACAGGUUUUGAAUGAAGUUUGAAGCAGCACAGUAUCAAGCCAGGCUUCCACAGCACAAUGGGAGGGGGAUUUGAUUACAGCUUAGAUUAUAAUAAUAUUCAAUAAGAAAUCCAUUUCCUGAACUGUCAAAACAAGUUUCUUAGCUAGACAGUCAUUCUGGCCAACAUUACUCCAAGCCCCAAAGGAGGUUCUUGGUUGCAUCGAAGGAUCACAGCUUGCUCGUAUUUUACAGACUCCUGUUGACAAAUGAAUGGUAUGUUUUACGACAUUCUCUCUCUUUUUUAGCUGUUGAGCACCAGUGUUCAAUUUAGCUCAGAGAGUUUAUAAAAUUGUGGAACCCAUGAGUUACCUUGGAAAGCCUCCAAAACUGACAAGUACACAAUCACCAAAGAAAGAGAUUCCAGAAGUUUUUUUUUCCAGAUUCCCAUAAUGUUUCAUCUAAACCAUUAUUACUGCCUCCCACCUUAAGUACACCACAAUUGUUCCACUCCAUAAUGACAUCUUCAGAUAAACAAUAGUGUAGGAUAAAUGAGAGAUGUGCAUGACCUGCAACUUGGUAUCCAUCCAUGAAAAUACGGGUUGUGAUUACUGUGGAUACAUAAAUACGCAGAUGAGCAGCAAUCUUUUGACUCACACCUAAUUGUGACCAUCCCCUUUCAGUCCAGAAGCCAGAAAUUAUAAUAACACAUUCCUAGGUGUGAGUAGGAUCAUGUGGAAAUGGAAGUCUGAAAGCGAUUCUCUCCGAAUGUGCUUCACUACACGGUCAUCAGGCCAUACUUGGAACAGAGUAGAGCCCUUUUUCUUUCCCGCUCAGCUAGAAAGUUCCUCAGUUUAGUGGUGGAGAAAUUAACUGUUGCUUGUUGCCUCUCAUCCAAGCCUGUUUCCUGCAGCCAUGGAGACUGAAGGCAUUCAGAUGCUGUUGGCCGCCUCCUAGUAGAGAAAAAGAAUGACAGGUCCUAGAAUCAGUUGUUUUGCUAAUCUCCAAGUGAAGGGAACUAAUUCUGCUCACAGUCAUGGGAUAGACCAGGCAUCCCCAGACUGCGGCCCUCCAGAUGUUUUGGACUACAAUUCCCAUCAUCCCUGACCACUGGUCCUGUUAGCUAGGGAUCAUGGGAGUUGUAGGCCAAAACAUCUGGAGGGCCGCAGUCUGGGGGUGCCUGGGAUAGACUCUAUACUUUACCCCUGCUGAGUAUUAUAGUGAUUAUUCCACCAUGCUUGGGGAGCGGCCUCAGCUCAGCAGAAGAACACAAUCGGAAGCCGGGGGGGGGGGAGAGAAAUAAACUCUCUUACUUCUCCGUUUAAAAGGAUUUCAGGUAGAUCUUGGGGGGGACUCUUGCCUGAAGCAUUAGAGAACUACUGCCAGUUGCGUGGGAUGGACAGAAGGAUGUUGUGAUGUAUUGGAAGUGUGCUUGCCUGUGAGUGCACUGCACCCAACUAGUGAUGUGUUACAGACAAGUGACGUCUGCUCUUACUACCUGCAGAAUUCAGCAGAGCCAAGUAGCCGGAGAACAUGCCAGUGCCUACCACCAUUAUUUUGGGAUGCUAGGUUUUUGCUUGCCCCAAAUAGGGGAUGAAUGAGUGGUCCAUUGUAGCCUAGUCUCACCAUACUCCAUAGAAUCAUAGAGUUGGAAGAGACCACAAGGGCCAUCCAGUCCAACCUCCUGCCAAGCAGGAAACACCAUCAAAGCAUUCUUGACAGAUGGCUAUCAAGCCUCUGCUUAAAGACCUCCAAAGAAGGAGACUCCACCACACUCCUUGGCAGCAAGUUCCACUGUCGAACAGCUCUUACUGUCAGGAAGUUCUUCCUAAUGUUUAGGUGGAAUCUUCUUUCUUGUAGUUUGAAUCCAUUGCUCCAUGUCAGCUUCUCUGGAGCAGCAGAAAACAACCUUUCUUCCUCUUCUAUAUGACAUCCUUUUAUAUAUUUGAACAUGGCUAUCAUAUCACCCUUUAACCUUCUCUUCUCCAGGCUAAACAUGCCCAGCUCCCUAAGCCGUUCCUCAUAAGGCAUCGUUUCCAGGCCUUUGACCAUUUUGGUUGCCCUCCUCUGGACACGUUCCAGCUUGUCAGUAUCCUUCUUGAACUGCGGUGCCCAGAACUGGACACAGUACUCCAGGUGAGGUCUGACCAGAGCAGAAUACAGUGGUACUAUUACUUCCCUAGAUCUAGAUGCUAUACUCCUAUUGAUGCAGGCCAGAAUUGCACUGGCUUUUUAAGCUGCUGCAUCACACUGUUGACUCAUGUCAAGUUUGUGGUCUACCAAGACUCCUAGAUCCUUUUCACAUGUACUGCUCUCAAGCCAGGUGUCACCCAUCCUGUAUUUGUGCCUUUCAUUUUUUUUUUGUUGCCCAGGUGGGAUUGUGUUUGCAGAGGGGAGGGAAAUGGGGCAUACUGGCAAAUACCAGCAGAAAGGAGAGGGUGGAAGAUCUAAAAGGUUUCCCUGCCUUCUCCAUCUCUUCCUUUUCCACAGUGCUGAGGUGGCACCCAGUCCGGGUGAUAUUGGGUGGUUGAUAUUGGCUGGCAUUGACUAGGAAUUUUUGUCUUCUCCUGUGAUUGGCUGGCAGAAGGGGAUUUUCUUUGCCUGCUCUAUACUGCAUGACAACCUUAGAGCAAUGAGUGGUGGGCACUGAAUAAUGAGGUUUAUUGCUUUUAUCGACUUUUGGUCACUUAGCAGGUGUUGCGCAGGAAAGAGGGGGGCACAAAUGGUGAGAACGCAGAGGCAUUUUUCUGUUGAACUGUGAUUCUAGAGACGAACACAGGGCUCGUUAACUCAUGGGGCUUUUGAAGUUAACCAUCCCUUUGAGUUAUGUGGCUUGAAGGGGGCAUGAAUCAGGAACACCUCCCUCCUCGCCUUAAGGGUGUGGCGGGGGUGGGAAGUUGCUGGGAAUAAGGCUAGCUUGACUUCCCGCAGGGUAGACUCACAUACUGUCUAACUUCCAUUACACAGGUUGAAAGUUUUAUAAAUUACUAAGAGGCUCCUCACACACACACACUAAGAAUUGAUGCUUUUGAAUUAUGGUGCUGGAGGAGACUCUUGAGAGUCCCAUGGACUGCAGGAAGAUCAAACCUAUCCAUUCUGAAGGAAAUCAGCCCUGUGUGCUCACUGGAAGGACAGAUCCUGAAUCUGAGGCUCCAAUACUUUGGCCACCUCAUGAGAAGAGAAGACUCCCUGGAAAAGACCCUGAUGUUGGGAAAGAUAGAGGGCACUUAGGAGAAGGGGACGACAGAGGACAAGAUGGUUAGACAGUGUUCUCGAAGCUACGAACAUGAGUUUGUCCAAACUGCGGGAGGCAGUGGAAGACAGGAGUGCCUGGCGUGCUCUGGUCCAUGGGGUCACGAAGAGUCGGAUACGACUAAACGACUAAACAACAACAACAAGAGGCUCCUGUGGCACAACACAUCAGUGUUUCAGGCUGUUAACCAGGUUGGUGGUUCGAGCUCCCCCAGGGAUGGCCGUGGGCAGAAUUUUUGCAUUGCAGGGAGUUGGACUAGAUGGACAUUGGACUAGAUCCAAUGUUCUCAAGUGCUUAAGCUAUUGAGUAAUAAACUAGACCUAGUUUACCCCAUAACCUGUGUCUUGCCUCUUUAUUACUGAUGUACUAGCACAACUGCUUUGGGGGGGUUCAUUAGUUAAACUGGGAUCACUUGAACAAGGCUCUCUUUUUGUGUGAGAUACAGUACAGUGAAGGGACACACACACACACACACACACACACACACACUCUAUAAUAAUUAACUAAUUCUUGAGAAAGGCUGCCUUAGAUAAAGAGGGACCUUCGCACCAUGGAUUAGAGGACAGUGUGCUUUGUAGGAAGGAAACGGCUCCUCCUGAAAGGCCCGCAUAGCAUUUGUGGAACUUGAUUUUCUCUCUCUUCACAAGCCUCCCAAAGUCACAGGCAGCCUCAGAGCCGAUCGGGUAUUCAGCACUCAGCCUGAGGACAGAGGAGAAGAGUAUUAGAAAUGGUUCUUUUUGACCUUGACCACCAACUCGGGCAGAAGCAAAGCAGCACAGAAAAAAACCUCACAGUCUCCCACACUGAUCCAGGGAAGCGCACAGACACUGCUUUAAAUCUCUUUCAUCAAUGCUUUAUUAACUAGACCUGUGCUCAGUCCAGAUCACCUCUGCCAUCGUCAAGCAAGCUCUUCUGGGAGGGAUCUCCUCCUUGGUCCAAUUCCAUGCAGGGUGCAUGGAAAAGUGGAAGCACCCACCGGUCCACUCACCACUUAGUCUUUAAGGGCUUCUCCAAGGCUUCCCAUUCCUCCUCCUCCUCCUCUAUUGGCUCUCUCCCACCACCACCACUAGGAAGUGGUCACUCUGCCUGGGCUUAGAUCAUAGCCAUCCCAGACCCCUUGACUAGCCUGCCUCGUAUUCUAAGGAGUGGCAUCAUUCUCUCUCUUCCUCUAUCCUGUCUCUUUCCCUCUCUUCCCUUCUGUCUCAAAGCAGCCUUAUAUCUCCCUUCAUGCCCUUUCUCUGCUCCCCCUUCAGCUUCCCAUCCAGCUCUUGCCUCCUUCUGACCCUCCAACACAGGCAUCCCCCAACUGCAGCCCUCCAGAUGUUUUGGUCUACAACUCCCAUGAUCCCUAGCUAACAGGACCAGUGGUCAGGGAAGAUGGGAAUUGUAGUCCAAAACAUCUGGAGGGCUGAAGUUUGGGGAUGCCUGCAGUCCAACACUUGCCUUAUGGGCUCUUUUCACCUCUCCCUCCUCUAUCCCACUGCCCCUUUGUCUCCUGUCACACACUGGGGUCCUUUCACUUACUCCUGUCCCCCCUUCUACCCAUUUCUGUUCUUCAUCUCUCCAUUUCUCUCUUCUUUGGCUGGCUCCUGACUGCCUGGCAGCUGCCCACCAUGCAGCUUGCUUGUGCCUCCACCCUAGCUGAUUUUUUUUUUGGUUGUUUGCUGAUCUUCAGUUUAGCCCACAAACCUUCAAUUGCCUACAGCCACUUCUACGGCAGGUGAGGAAAGCAGCCACCACCCCAAGCUCUGUUAUCAUGUUAAGCACUUUUCAAUCUUUAUUCAUCUCCACCCAACUUUUGACAAGCAUCUGACUGCGUGUCGAUGACCCGUCACCCGUGUGGAGUAAAUAAGACACAAGGACACGUGAUUUUAGGUUAAUGGGGGAAAACCAGCAAGGUCUUCAGUCUUGAUCCGAUGCAGGCAGGAAGCAAAAGAGAAAUAUCCCUGCCGCCGCAGCCGCUUAAACGGAGCCAGACUCCACCCCCCAGCAAGCCCUAUUGGCCGGCUGAGGAGUAUGAUGCAGUGGCGAGGAGGGGCUAAUGCAGGGGGCCGAACAUGCAGAUGCAGGAAACGGGCCCCGCCCGCAAACCCUCCCCUCUGGAAGGGAGGAGAGGUCGUCUCAUUCCCAUUUCACAGAAGAGGCUCUCCAGUCUGCACAGGGAGCUAUGAAGAGCAAGGUUUCUGGGGCACCAGGAGAGCUUAUGGCUAAUUGGGUUUAGAUAAGCACCUCUGCCCCACCUCGGGGAUUGUCAGGGACUGGCAGGAGACACUGAGGAGUGGUGACUGGAUUCUGAUGAUUGGGCACAGAGAGAAGGGGGUUCGAGAUGGACUUGGAAGAAGGGAUACAUGAGCUGGGGGAAGCUGUAGCAGCCAGGAGAUGAGAGUCAGAGGCAGGAGAAGCUGCAGGACUGGAGAGUGAAGAACAGCUGCAGGAGGAGGGGGAGAUAGGUUAAGCUGGUGUAGAGUCCAUGGCUUCCACACCUGCUCUUCCUGCCCCCACCUCUCCUGCUCCACUGUCUCCCAGGACCAGAAGAGGACUGAAGCAGGAGCUUACACACAGGCAAAUUCUUCGCUUGCUUGCAUGCAGCUUGGGUGGGGGAGAUACAUAAGACAAGAGGGAGGGGGGCUCUCAGUUGCAGCAACUGCCUCUUCAGGUGCACAUCUAGGAGUCGCUGAGAGACGUAGGAGUUGUUGGGAUUCUGGUGAACACAGAGUUAAAGCACACUGGAGGUGUUCUGAUUCUCUGGGUGUCUGCCCACAAGUGAUACAGUAGUACCUCUACUUACAAAUAACUCUACUUAUGAAUUUUUCUACUUACAAAUGGAGCUCCGUCCGCCAUCUUGGAUGCAGUUUAGAUAGGAUUUUUUCUACUUAUGAAUUUUUAGAUAGGGUUGCUUCGACUUACAAUUUUUUUCUCCCAAUGCAUUCCUAUGGGAUUCGACUUACAAAUUUUUUCAACUUACAGAUGUGUGUUUGGAACGCAUUAAAUUCCCACACACCCAAGAAAAUGAAACUUGGAAAGACUUACAUGAUGAAAGCUGUCACUCCAACAGCCCAGAUGUCUGUCUGUGGAACAGCUCCUUUAUCUGCCAGAAGUUCUGAAGCUAAGAAGACACGUUUGUAUUAGGGAAGCUUCCUCAGACAUGCAAACGUUGGCACUUACCAUGAUAAGCUCCUCCCCUGUAGGGAGGAAGGGGAUCCUGUGUGGGCUGUUGCCACCCACCUCUCCACUGGCAGGAAGUCUAACUUUUGAGAGGGGACAGGGUGACCCCCUCACUAGUUCAAUUUGUACGUAAGCUAGUAAACCAAUAGCCAAAAAAAAAAAAAAAAAAAACAACUUAUCAGAAAAAAGGAAGGAAGAGAGCACAAGCUGUUAAGGGAAAAUAACUCA